AAUUGCUAUCUCCAAGAGAUCCCUUUAGCUUCCUAUGAUGUUACUCUUGGGAUAAUUAUUAUCAAAGAAUCUAUUAUUUGUUGAGUUUAUUUGAUAUUACUUCCUGUUUAUUUUGAGUAUUUUUAGUAUAGUAUACCAAGUUGCGUCCGUAGGUGUAGAAAACGAGGGACGAGUCGAAGGAAAAAAACAGGUUCGGUGUCCCGUAGGACGGCUGGCGUGAUGCCGGGUUUCGAGGGUCAGACAGGACAGAAUCCGCAGUUACAGGUCAAUCAGCAAACUGUUACGUCUGCCAAGCAAACGUCUUCCAGUUCCUCGUCGUCAGCGUCUGGUCGGAGUGAGGAUGCACACAAUUAUGGGAGCAUCGGGGGGAGUGAUCAUCAGGGACAGUCCCAACAGGAUGAUGACAGUGGACCCGAGGAGGGACCAGUCUACAUUCUCACAUCAGCUAAAGGGGACAGGAGUUAUAAACUGCGCGAUUCUCGGAUUAUCGAAAUUGCUGGUGGAAGGGAAGUAUUCUCACAGAGUAGAGGUAAAGUUGCUGCUAGGAAGCCUCGUUUUUUGACCUCAUCAAAGUCCGUGCCUAAUGAUGAUUCGCAGACAGAUAAUAAGUUGACUGUCAAGAAGAAUAGUAAAUCACCCAACAGGCAGAGUGUUUGGGAACUUAGGAGCAGGUGUGGCGAGGCACGCAGACAACGUUCAAAUCGUGAAGUAACAGAGACAGUAUUCUCAUCCGAAGUGCAUUCAGUACGACGUAACACAACAAAAUCCAUUCUGGAUUAUGAUUCACCAAAGGCUGCGCGAAGCAAUCGUAUUAUAAACUAUGACUCGGUUCUAAAUAGUAAUAAUGUAGAGUAUACCGUGCCGAAAAGUAUUACCGAUUUGGAUUAUGGAUUGCCGAAGAAUUGUGUAGAUUAUCAGUCUAAUCAUACGACACCAGCAAGAAGUAUGGCUAUUGUGAGUGAUGGGGAGGUCGUUGUAUUCGAUGAUAUCGAUGACAAUUGGCAGGGAUUGAGAUUGGACUUGGGUACGACGAAUGCUCAGCAGGUGAUUAAUACCUCUUUGAACUCGGAGCAGGAGGAUGUCCGGAGGAUCCCUUCGGAGCCGUUGGAGUCCAGUGUUGGAAGUACUCCGAGCCCCACCUCAACUUAUCCUAGAAAUACUUCAGACUUCUUUAAGGUAAUAACGCCAGCAAGUGACUGUGAAGCAAAUUCACCAUCACCAGAACGUAAUCACAAAGUUGCUAGAGUAAUCGGUGAAUUACCGAUAGCCCAGUAUUCGGGUAGUCCACGUCGUUAUGGUGUACGUGAAAAUUCACGAUUACCGAGUUUAUUAUCAUCACCAUCAAUGUACAUGACACCUAGGCCAGGUUUUCCCCAGAGAAUAUUACCAACAACGCCAAAUCAGAAGGACAAGGAGACUGAUUAUCUUUCAAAUACGAAAGAGGAUACGACUGAAAUAUUAUUUGAAACAUCGAGUCCUCCCAAUGAGAUAAGUAGUACUCUAGUGGUAUCACCAACGGUAGAGGAGAUACCACAACUUGAGCCACAAUCACAGACACCAGAGCCCGAAGAGGAAGAAGAAGAAGAGGAGGAGGAUUUCCUCAAGCCAUCAUUUCUCAGCUCUGAUAAUCUGUCUAGUCUUGUUACACCUGGUGGCAGUACUUUCGAUUAUCUCUACGAGUUCUCGGAGACACGUAAGGUCCUAGAGGAAUUCUUCAAGUGUCCACCACCCAACGAAGAGAAGGAAAACAAUGGAGAGACAUUCCCCUUCCAGGAUCUGGACUAUGAACUUCGACGACAAGGGGGAAGCUCCUACGUUGGACAACGUCUAGCCAGUGGAUUACCCAAUACUGAGGAGGUUAUGGUACAUGAAUCACCCAAGAAGCAGCGAUCUGAUUAUCCUCAAUCUACAACAGAGCAUGAGAAUAAUUUUUUAGACCUCUCAGUGGGUACCGGUAGCAGUGGUGAUCUGGGUGAGACCGAAGUUGGCCUUCAGGUUGGACAUUCACGUAAUUUUACCCUCAGCCCAGAGACAACAGACUGCGAUAGCAAUUGUGGGGAUUUGGAUAGUGAAAUGUCCCUCAUGAUGAUGGACAACGAGUUAUUGCCAGCUAGUGGCUUACUGGGAUCUGUUGGGGAUCUCGGUAACAACUCCGACUCACUGAGAAUAUAUACAAGCAUGCCAGUACUCGAGGAUGGUUUAUCGAGUGGGCAUGCCAGUGAUACUGAUAACAAUAAUCCCACAGUGAUGCUGAUGAAGAGACAGAUCAAUGAAAUUGAGAAGGAAAUUAUUCAAAGAACGAGAAAUGAUAUACUGGGUGGUGAUAUUGAAACUGGAAAGGACAGCAGUCUCAAUGUAACGAAAGAUAUACUUCAGACACUUAAAGCGACGUCACCAGAUUUAUUUAUAGCCCAGAAAGAGAAUUCUUACGAGACGAAUGAACUCCAUCUUGAUGGUCUGGAUCCAUUGGGGACACCACCACCGCCUGCACCUCAGGGCAGGCAGACAAUGAACCUUGAAAUUGGUGGUGAAGUUGAGGCUGCAAUCAAGGACAUUAGAAUGGCCCUGCAAAAGACCAAGACAUUACCAGUUAAAUCACCCUCGGAGGAUCCACCUGAGCCCAAUGUCUCACCUAUAUGGAUUCCAAGUAUGUUGGAUGGCAGGCGGAGGAUGUGCACAGAGAGUAACAGUGAAGACUCCGAGGCGCGUAGGGGUGAGGACGAUAAUGAAGUGGAAGUGGAGGAAGUCGUCGACGAGGAGGAGGCUGACACUGAUCUCGAGACAGACAGACUUCUGGGACAACAGAGAACGGAUGAUCAAGGAUUUUAUGACGACAAGGGGUGGCGGAAGCCUAAAACUAGGACAAUGCUACCAUCAAUGAAUACGAAAAUCGUAACACCAAAACAAACCCCACCAAAAGCCUUGAGUGUAGCUCCAUUAGAGGCUUUAACUCCACCUGAACCACUACCCUCAACCUCAUCCUCAAUGUCUCCACCACCUAUUGUAACGGUUAUACAAUCGCCCUCGAAUGAGCGUGAUACAACAUCACCCACGAAAAUAACGACGAGUCCCCAGAAGACCCCGGUUAAAAAUUCUCCCUCGCCCACCCAGAGCCUCAAGGAGUCCAGCGGAAAGGUGAAAAAGGAUAAAGAUGGGAAGAAAAAGAGUAGGAACAAGGAAGGACUCCUGGAUGAUCCCUCAGUUCUCAUCGAGGGUGUUCUCUUUCGAGCGAGAUACCUCGGAUCAACGCAGCUCGUCUGCGAGGGACAACCCACCAAGUCCACCAGGAUGUGCCAGGCAGAGGAGGCUGUGUCCAGGAUAAAGGAUGAGCCAGUCCCAAUGCAGUCAACUCUAUUAAACUAUGGUCCAGGCCAGCAUGGCUAUGGGCGCUGCAGUGUUGCAUCACAAGGAAGCAUUGAAGAUGAGGAUUGUGACUCGAGUGAGGAGCUCAUAGGCAGUGUCGCCGGUGGGGUACAGCCAGAACAACAACAUCCGUUGGACAACCAAAAGGAGAGAAAUAAACUGGCUGUCCCAAUCGGCGGCCAACAGCUUGGUCCUACCACCGUUUUCAGGCUACAUUUUCUCGGUUCGGUCGAGGUGGAAGAGGAAGGGGGAAGAAAACGGCGUAAACGCCUUAAGAAGCACAUGGUCGAGGAGGCUGUCACUAAAAUCAAGGCACUGGCACCAGACGGUGAGACCCAGCCGAGCACAGAAGUGGAUCUCUUCAUAUCAACUGAAAAAAUAAUGGUCCUCAACACUGAUCUCAAGGAAAUUAUGAUGGACCAUGCAUUGAGAACAAUAUCAUAUAUUGCUGAUAUCGGUGAUCUGGUGGUACUCAUGGCACGCAGACGAUUUGUCCCUCACGAAAUGGAAGAAGCACCGAAGAUAAAUAGAACGCCAAAGAUGAUAUGUCACGUAUUUGAAAGUGAAGAGGCCCAGUUUAUUGCCCAGAGUAUUGGCCAGGCAUUUCAAGUUGCUUAUAUGGAAUUUCUAAAAGCCAAUGGAAUAGAGGAUCACAGUUUUGUCAAGGAAAUGGACUACCAGGAGGUGCUGAACUCCCAGGAGAUAUUUGGUGACGAGUUGCAGAUGUUUGCCAAGAAGGAGAUGCAGAAGGAAGUUGUUGUGCCCAAGGCCAAGGGAGAAAUAUUAGGAGUUGUUAUUGUCGAGUCGGGAUGGGGUUCGAUGCUGCCAACAGUUGUUAUCGCCAAUUUGGCACCCGCUGGAGCAGCGGCACGCUGCGGUCAGUUGAACAUUGGUGAUCAGAUUAUUGCUAUCAAUGGUGUAUCUCUCGUUGGUCUGCCACUCUCCACGUGUCAGACUUACAUAAAGAAUUCUAAAAAUCAGACAGUUGUUAAACUGACUGUUGUACCUUGUGCACCUGUGGUUGAGGUCAAGAUAAAGAGGCCAGACACCAAAUAUCAGCUUGGAUUUAGUGUACAGAAUGGUGUUAUUUGUAGUUUGUUGAGGGGUGGAAUUGCUGAGAGAGGCGGUGUACGAGUUGGCCACAGGAUAAUUGAGAUUAACAAUCAGAGUGUUGUAGCUGUGCCCCAUGAAAAGAUAGUCAAUCUUCUUGCUACGUCAGUUGGAGAGAUUCUCAUGAAGACAAUGCCAACAUCAAUGUUCAGGCUACUGACGGGUCAAGAGUCCCCAGUGUACAUAUAAAAUAAAAUGACAGGAGAGAAACAAAUAGAAUUAAACCAAAACAUGUUAAUGGAGUAAAUUGUCGGUAAACUGACGAUUUAACGUAGUGAACAGACAAUACGAUCCGCCAUCCACUACUAUAUCCACUCCUACCCCACGGUAAAGAUUUGUUCCAAAUGAUAAACAAUCGCGUGAUCCUAAGACCCUAAAACGUACGGAAUAAUACAUAAAGAGAGAACAAUGCAGAUACGUUAACUAAGUAUUUAAUCUGAAGCAUUAUUUAUAUAAUUAUCAUAGAAGAAGUCUAUCUAUAAAUAUAUAAAUAUGAAAUAUAUAUAAUAUAUAUAUAUAUAUAUUAUACAUAUACAUAAUAUAAAUACAUUUUAUCAGGACGCAGAUGGGAUUUUCUAUGGCAGUUUCUGGAAUAUCUGGAUAAUGAAUAUUUUAGUGCAUUUGAUAGGCUUGUAACGCUAGGUUUCAAAUGUAAAUUAGAGCAAAUGCUCAGUUUGGCUCAAUACAAGAAUUAAGGAGAAGAGCUUUGCAAUGAUAUUUAUUAUUCGACUGCAAUGGAAAGUCCAAUUGACGAUUUAAAACACAAACUGCUAUAGAGAUUCACAUUGACGAGAAAAAUACGCCAAGGAAGAUGAUAGAUAAAUUCAAUGCACACUAUUAUAAAUAGCACAAACAAGCUCAUUUCAAGUUCUUGAGCAGGGCUAACAGAUAAUAUAACAAAUGAAAUCGUGUAUAUUACGGAUUUAAUGACAAAUUAUGUAGUCAAAGUAUUUCUAAAAAGAAUGACUCUAUUCCCAGUCCUUGAACAUGAAAAAGCUCGAUGAAUCUACACAUUCCUUUAACUUCUAUAUAAGCUAAGAAAGUUUGCUUGGGGAUAACAAGAAUAUUAUGGUGCCCAACUCUGUUGAUUUUUACUGAAAAAGCAGAUGAAUUCGUGUAAAAUGACAAGUAUAUUGUGUAAUCUGUAAUUUUGAAUUUAUAUGCCUCAUGACAAAUAACGUGAUAUUUAGAGGAGCAUGAGAAGAAUAUUAAGACAACGUACAUUUCGAUCCCUUAAAUGUGUUCUCUUCAUUUUAUCACCACUUGAGCUUCCAAUUCACUUGAAAGCUCGUUAAAUUUCGUCGCGGAAUAACUGUAAGCAGUCACGAGUGUUAUGAAUUUUUUAUUUUAUUUCGAUCUAAACAACACUCAACAGACUGAUAUAUCGAAAAGAGUCAUUCAGAUUGAAUUCUGUGGGAGAAUAAUAUUCAUUUGUAUCUGAUGCUGCUCUUUUAGGUAAAUAACGCUCAUGUAGAUCGAAAUCAAUGAUCCUGAUUCAAAAGAAAAUAUCAGACAUUUAUUUCAAUGAAUUAUUAUGAAUUGUUCUCUACGUAAUUGGGGAAACAGCAAGAAUUAUCGAUUAGAGAGAAUAAUGUAGAGAUUUUUAAUUCAUAUCCUCGAUGAGAAUUGGAAUAGAUCAGAGUGUGUGGUAUGGGAUCAAACGAGAUGUUAUAUUGGGUGGCUAACAAGUUCAAAAACUUAUCUAGUCAUUAAAGGGUAAGGUGAAAAGUAUAUUAUAGUUUUCAAUUUAAAAUAAACGAGGAACCAGUAAGAAUGAAAAUACUCGACUGUUCUAGCCACCCCGACUGAAAUUCUGAGAAUGAUUUAUAAGCUUUUGUUUGCUACGAUGAAUCCACGAUGCCAUUAAAGAAAAAUCUCGAAUGAUAUUGCUUCGCUGUAUUAUUGGGCGCAAAUAUCUAUAUUCACUCUCCUCAAUGUCACGAUAUUAUGAUUUCAUCGCUUGAAUCAUCCUUACUAUCCCUGAACUCGACAGAGUCCAGUAAUUAUCAUCCGAUUUUUGUCAUCAAUCUCGGAGAAAUUCAACCUGUAGAUAAUGAGUAUCUUCUCUUUAUGAAUUUCUUUUUAGAUAAUUCUCAUUCUUUCGAGAUUAUCAAUUCACAUGAGGGAGAAUAAUGGAGGGAAUAUAUAUGGCUAGAAGAAAGAAUAAAGCAUUUUUUUACAUCAUGUUGACUCAAUGGCGGAUGAAUAUCGGAGUUUUGAGAGACUCGCCUUCAAUAUUCACCACUCCAUCUUAGAUGAGAAAUAAAUAAUAGUCGGCUGUUAAUAAUUGCUAGGAUCAGAGACUAGGACAUGAAGGAUGUAAACAAAAACACUGACAAGCAAAUGAACUUGUAAUGUACUUGAACUAAUUACGUGUAAAAUGUGUUAGAGGCAAGAUUUCGAUCAACUGUUCUCUUUUCUUUCCACUUGUUUAUUUAAAAAAAGCUGAUGGGAAUUGCAAGCAGGAAUGUCUGCCGACAACUCGAGGAGUGUCUCGGAAUAAAUUGAACGUUAUAAAUAAUUGAAUGGGACAAAAAACGGUAUAAAUUAAGAAAUUAAUCCUAUUAUGACGCUAGAGCUUGCCCGUUGUAGCUUGGGAGUCGUGAAAAGGCACGCUGAAAAAAAAGUGAAAUAUAAUUGACAAAAAAAAAAUAUAUUUAAAAAAAAAUCAUCACGACUAUCUUUAUCAAUGUUUGUGAGUGGUAUAUACUGUAAGUUAAAUUAUCAGUGAGCUAUUGAAUGUGUAUAUGGUAAUAACUAUUAUACUAGUCCACACAAAGAUAACAAUAAACUGUAAUUUUGAAUUCAAAAACCGAUAGUCCAAAUUGUUUUCAUUUUUCUUUCGUUGCCCACUGAUCUUUCGUUGGUUUGAUGGAAUAAACGGAAGGAUUAUUAAUGUCAGGUUAACCACAUUGUAUUUUCCAAGGAAAAUCCGCCAAAAUUUACUCUAAUACAAAUUAAUCUAGUACAAAUGACAUUUAUUACGUUUUUUAUGCCUUUUCAAAUUGUUUCAUAUUUUUAUAAAUACAACAUCAUGUCAGGCGUUUUCAUAAGUGAUAAUCUCAAGGGAAAGCCUUAUCUGUUCGAAUUACAAUCCACUCGGUAACUAUAGAAUUGAUAUUUCAUCGAUCUGAUGCUUCAACUUGACUUUUUAAAUGAUAUUUUAAAAAUAUAUCUAUCUAUCCAAAGCUGCUAGGCUAUUCGUCGACUAUGUACAAUUCGAAGAGUAAAUGGGAAUGAGUGUUGGAUUUUGAAAACUAAUCGCGAGCUGAAAGGAAAUCAAUGAGAAGAAUUAAGAGGAAGUUGAAGUCACAUUAGUAUUGAAUUCUGCUUUUGUUUUUUUUUUCUUCUUUUCUUUGUAAUUUUUGGGUACAUUGAUAAGCACAUUUGAAUGUUUUCUGUUCACUUUAUAUUCUUAAUACUGUACACCACAUCGAAUUUGUUUUCCAAUGGAUCAAAUGCAUCGAGUUGUAAUGUCAAUUGAAAAUUUUGUUAUGAUUUUUCACUUAUUCGUAAAUGUGGAAUAGGGGUGCUGCAUUGCACAGCACAUUAGGGCGUUCAACAUACUCAUCACCACCCGAUUAAAUAUCUACAUUUCAAGAGAGAGAGAG